UUGAAAGCGAAAUUACACUCCCCACCCCCAAAAAAAAAAAAAAAUCACUCAUCCUCUAACCAGGUUUGAACAUUAGAUGUUGCAUUUCUAGACAUUCUUUCAAGUUAAAACGUAACCCAAUUCGUCCAUCCAUGGAUCUACCAUGGAGUGUCUGAAGGACCCCUCCAUACUCUUUUAAGUUUCAAAAGACCCCAUCCAUCUAUCCAUCCAUUAUCUUGUUUCUACUAUGGAGUAUCUGAAGGACCAUGCUGUGGAGAUCAUUCAAUGGCUAUGGCCUCCUCUUGCUGAGCAGUUGGAUUAUGUCAUAAACGCCGAUGCCCAUCUAGAGGCCUUAACGAGAGCUGCCGAAGAACUAAAGUGCAAGCGCAAGGACAUCCAAGGAGAUGAUGGUGACGGGCCAUUGAAGAAAAGAAGGAAGCUGAACCAUCAAGCGGAACACUGGAUUAAUGAUUCAAGCAACAUCGAGAAUGAAGUUGAUUCGAUAAAAUCCGAGUUCGAGCAAAGACCAACAUUCUUGAAUGGACUCUGCACCAAUUACUUCUCUCGCUAUAGAUUGGGUAAAAGGGCAGUUCGAAUUCUCGAUGAGGUUAAAGAUCUAAAUGAGAAAACACCUCUUGGUGAGGUGACUUUGAGUCCUCCACGACCUACGGUGGCAGAGAAGCAGGAGUCAUUGCCUCCCGGGCAGAGCACCUCUGAGCAGACCUUAGAAGAGAUAUGGCAAUGCUUGCAAGAUGAAGAGAGUCGGAUCAUAUGUCUUUAUGGAAUGGGUGGAAUCGGGAAAACUACCCUCAUGAAAGCCAUUAACAAUAGGUUGGUUGGAACCCAAGACUUCGACAUUGUACUAUGGGUAACUGUCUCCAAGGAAUUGAAGAUAGAGAGAAUCCAGAAGGAAAUUGGGCAUGAAUUGAAUUUGUUUUUUCUCGAUGGCGAGCAGAAGAGAGACAAGCUCUUUACUACGCUCAAGGACAUGAAGUACAUGCUCAUCCUAGAUGAUCUCUGGCGAGAUUUCGACUUGGAGGAAGCUGGGAUUCCUCUUCCAAAUGGGCAGAAUAGAUGCAAGAUUGCAAUAACCACGCGAUUUAUUCAAGUAAGCAAUGCAAUGGAGGCUGACAAACAUAUCCGAGUCAAGACUCUUACGAGUGAGGAAUCAUGGAAUUUGUUCUGUGACAAAGCUGGGGAUGUUGCUCGUUUGCCUGGAAUUCAACCGUUAGCUGAGGAAGUCGUCAAUGAGUGUAGUGGUUUACCACUUGCAAUCAUUACGGUGGGACGAGCUAUGCGUCGCAAGGACAAGAAAGAAUUGUGGCUGGAUGCACUAAGAGCAUUGAGGGGAUCUGCACCUGAGAUUCAAGGUAUGGAGCCAAAUGUAUUCCUUUCUCUGAAACUUAGUUAUGAUCACUUGGAAGAUGAUAAGCACAAGCGAUGUUUCUUGUAUUGCGCUUUAUUUCCAGAAGAUUAUAACAUAAGAAUACCAAAACUACUCAAAUUUUGGACCAUGGAAGGUUAUAUAGACAAUGUUGAAAGCUUUGAAGAUGCUUCAAACAAAGGACACGCCAUCAUCGAAAGAAUCAAGGAGGCAUGCCUCCUUGAGGAGGGGGUAUCCGGGGACACACAUGUCAAGAUGCAUGAUUUAAUUCGUGACUUGGCGAUAUGGAUAACGUCGACGUCUCAGGAGUUAAAAUUUCUGGUGAGAGCUCGCAUGGAACUAAAGGUGCCUCCCAAGGAGGAGAUGUGGGAGGAGAUGGGGAGGAUUUCAUUGAUGUCGAAUGAAAUAGAGGAGCUUCCGAUGCGGCCCAAUUGUCCUAAGCUUGAAUCCUUAUUACUUCGAAAAAAUACCCAAUUGAAGAUAAUUCCUAAUAACUUCUUUGAUCUCAUGCCUAAACUUCAGAUUCUUGAUCUAAGCUACACUGCCAUUGAAUCGCUUCCAAUGUCCUUGUCUUUGUUAGUGAAUUUACGUGCAUUGAUUUUAAAACGUUGUAGAAGUUUACUUGAGCUACCACCAUUUGAACAGCUAAAAGAACUCGAAUUUGUAGAUCUCUCUUGCUCUGCCAUAAGCAAUCUGCCUGAGGGAUUUGGAAAUUUGGUGAAACUUAAGCAGUUGGAUUUAUCAAACUUGGAUUGUCUUAUAAGUAUUCCAAACAAUGUAUUAUCUAGAUUGUCUCGUCUAGAGGAACUAAGACUGCUUAAAACAUAUAUCAAUUGGAGCACAGCAGCUGAACCACAGGUCAUGGGUGAAGCUUCGCUAGGUGAGGUAGCAUCGUUGACACGAUUGUCUACUUUUGAUAUCACAAUACCGAACAUCGACUGCCUGGAGCAUGACGUGUUCUGUCGACGAUGGUCAAGAUUCAGAAAUUUUGCUUUCCAUGUCGGUAACGAUUGGGUCUUUGAUCGCCUAAGCAGUGAUAACUCUGUGCGCAUACAUGAAUGUCACCAUUUCCCACCUGGGAGUAGGGCAAUGAUAAAACAUGCAGAAGGCUUGGGUUUUGCAUCAUGCAGUGGUCUAACACGGGUUUCUCAAGUAGUGGGCGAGUCGAAGAAGUUAAGACAGCUCCAAGUCUACGACUUCAAUGGAGUGGACUGUGUUAUAGACUGGAGAGAGGUGGAAGAAGGUGCAUUGCAACGGUUGGAGUGGUUAAACGUGAAUGGGUUACCGGACUUGGAAAUUCUAUUCAAGGGGGAAGUUCCACAGGGAAGACUUCGAAACCUAACAUCAAUAGAAGUUUCAUACUGCGACAAGUUGAGGUGUCUCUUCUCUUCUAGUGUGGCAGAACAUCUAGACAGGUUGGAGGAACUUACAGUCCGAAGUUGUGAUGAGAUGUUGGAGAUUGUUGAAGGUGAAACACUGCCAGACAAUCUAUUUCCACAAUUACGCAGGCUAAGGUUUGAGAGAUUAUAUAAAUUAACAAGAAUUAUCUCUAGUACGGUGUUGGCUGCUAUGAACUUGCAAGAGAUGGAGGUGUUCAGAUGUCCGUUAUUGAAGAAGCUGCCCUUGUUCACUUCCAUAGAGAAGAUCAAAGGAGAGAGGGACUGGUUGGCUGCUUUAGAGUGGGAAAACGAGAACACCAAGUCCCUCUUUCAGCAGAAAUAUCAUGAAUGGAACCUCCCCCGACAAAUGUAGAGCCAGAGUCGAAUCAAGAUGUAACUAUGUAUUAGAGAUCAAGAUGCCAAAUGCAUCACGGGCCUAAUUUCCAGCAGAAGUGAACUUUCAUGAAGAUUCACAUCUUUGAAGUUUGAACAACAAACAACCACGAGACUUUUGGUUUUGGAUCAAGGGACAUAAAUCAGAAGGAGAUUGAGAACUUGCAAGAGCCAUUAUCAGAUUUAUGCAACUUUACAAUUCAACAUAAUGACAUUGAUGGCAGGAUAGGAAGCUUACUGGAGAUGGUGGUUCGAUUUCUGCAUCUGUUUUAACCACAACGAUCUUCAAUUACACUCAAGACUUGUUAUGCCAACUUUCUUAGAAUUUGCAUAAAUCGCAUUGUUAUUGUUUUAUUUAAUUUAGUUGUAAUCUCUAAUGGUAUGUUUCGAUGCGGAUUUGAUACUCUGGAUUGUUUAUCUGUCACAACUCUGCUCCAUACUCGCUUUUGACAAUGGUUUGGGUUGCAUUGGAAAUUUGGAAUUGAUUAGGAAUGUAAUUUGAUUGGGA